CCCAUGUUAGACCUUUCGCAACCGGAUUUGACUGUAUGAAAACUGUUAUAGUUGUUAGGGAUUUGUCGCCGAAAAAAGGAGAACACAACGUAGAAAUAUAUCUGUAGUAACUGGACUCGUCGAAGCUUGAGAAAAAGUGCUUUAAAAUGGCAAGAGCCGUGACAUAUGUUGGUUCGAUCACGCUAAUUGUAGUCUUCAUGAUGUACACAUCUCCGGUAGGCCUCGAUUCUUGUUGCAUUACACAACCUUUAUUAAACCAAGCUAGAUUUUACUUAAAGAAAUGUCGGUUUCAUUUCUAUCGGCUGGUAUUGUUAAUAUUACUGUUGGAACGUCAAGUUGUUGAGUUCUGGAACCGCGAUUAAAGGUUGAAGGUGAAGGUCUUUCGUAAUCAUGAACAUGUUGGAGGCGUAUGCUUGCAAAAUCAUUUGUGUACUAGAAAUUUAUCAGCGCUUUUCUGAACUACAAACUAACCUCGGUAAGCUAUCUGAGUGGGAUCUUAGAUGUAUUUGGCAGUUUGUUUUAGCUAGUUUGAUUUUAUUUCAGGUAAAUGGUGACAAGGUUAAGAAUCACACCAAGGGUUAUUGUGUGUGGUACGAUCAAUGUACAACUGGGGACAAGCCGAAGAAUUGCCUUUACAAUGGACCGGCCAAGAAUUUAACCAAUCCAAAGGGUUUGCAGAUAUUGAACAGUUUAUGCCCAGAAUUGAGGGAUCAACCAACUUGUUGUUCAACCAAACAACUGCAAACGUUGGAUAAGAAUUUGCAAACGUUGUUACAACUAACCAGUCGUUGUCCCGCCUGUUGGAACAACAUGAGAAGGCUGUAUUGUCAGCUUACCUGCAGUCAGGAUCAGUCGCUUUUCAUGGAUCCAACUGUGGUGUACCCAUUUAUACCAUCGCCUUCUAUUAAACAAUAUAUCUUGGAAGUUCAAUAUUUUGUUUCACCUCAAUUUAAACAGGGUCUGUUCGACUCCUGCAAAGACGUCACUUUUCCUGGAAACAAUGAGAAGGUUUUGAGCCUCCUUUGUGGUACUACCGACGAGCUGUGCACUCCAGAUAAACUCCUUGGACACAUGGGAAACCCAAACAAUGGAUUUGCUCCAUUCACUCUCGAUUUUCCUGACAAUCUAACUUCAAAUCUCUCAUGGAUGAACCAAACUGUUUUUAAGUGUAACCAGCCAUUUGUGAACCCACAAACAAACAGGACAGCAAGUGUUUGUAGUUGCCAAGACUGUCAGUCCUCCUGCCCUGUACGUCCUACUGUACCACCUAAAGUAAACCCUACUAAGAUUCUUGGAAUGGACCUUCUCUCCUUCAGCCUGCUUGUAGUUUAUUGUUUCUUGCUAAUUUGCCUUGUAAUCAGCUUUUUAUACAAGUUGGUUUUGAGAAAAAGCUACCCCACAGUGCCUGAUCAAUCACAGCGAUACAACAGCACCUACCCUCCAAUAUCAGGAUCCUUGCCGCUAAUGGUGGAUUCUCGACCUGGUUGUUGUGAGCAGUUGGGCAGCAAACUAGAGUCGUUUGUGACCCGAUGGUUCACAAGAUGGGGUGUAUGGUGCAGCUCUCACCCGUUCUAUGUCAUUGUUGGAUGUAUUCUUGUUGUUGGAAUUCUUGCUAGUGGAUUGUUCUAUUUCUCUGUCACUACUGACCCUGUGGAACUGUGGUCUGCUCCAGACAGUACAGCACGCAAACAGAAAGAGCUUUUUGAUAAAAAGUUUAAGCCUUUCUAUCGCACUGAGCAGCUUAUAAUAAGCUCAAGAAAGCCUGUCCCCACAGGCUAUCAUCGCUAUGGAGAUGGAAAGUGGGUUCCCUUUGGACCAAUCUUUCAUCUAGAUUUGCUAAACCAGGUAACAGUAUAACUUGUGGUGUAUAUCAAUAAUGUAGUUUAUUGUACUCUAAUACAAUAUCAAAAGAAGAAUUUACAUGGGUGAUUUGAAAAGGAAAAAAGGGGCAUUGGUAUCCUGUAAUGACUUAAUCCUUUAACUCCCACCAGUGGCUUAAACAGAUUUUCUCCUUACAAGAUAAGUACAUACAAUAUCAAGCAAACAAGUGACAAGGGAAAAGAGAGAUACAGUAUCAAUUAGGCAAUUGUUGGUAGAUCCAGUACAAAAUUAUCCAGACUAAAGCAUUGCUCAAACGGAGAUGAUGGUUUCAAUUAUCACAUGCAUUUGAACACAAACUAUUAUCAAAAAUCAUAAAGUAUCAUGUUGUUUGGACAUGUUGAAAUUCAACAUGAUAGUUGAUGAUAGUUUUUGCCAUUUGAAUGAGUGGAUGUUAGCAAAUGAUAGAUUUGUGUUCAGCAAUUAUGCUAAAAAUGGGCUGAAACCUAAAUAGCAAAUGGUAAAUGACAAAUCGCCACUAAAAUUUCUCAGAGUGUCUUAUAGUUCAUUCUCGUUAUCUUGUGAUAGGCUUCAGUAUCUUUGAUUCACAACUUCUUUGCUAAAAUUACUAAUGCCAUCAAUAUUGCUGACCUCGGUGCGUUUUGUUUACAAUUACGCGAUCUCUUUGCAUAAUUUUGUCAACUAUCAUCAAUUAUUAUGAACUGUUUAAAUGUGAACAUGAUAAGAAGUGAUAGUGAACCAAAGUUAAAACUAUCAUCAGCUAUCAUGACUGUUUGAACAGGGCUUAACAUCACACUGUAUUGAUAUCAUAAAGAGAAAUAAUGUCUGGUUACCAUUGGAGUUAAAUGGUGUAUACUUAACUCAGUUUUCUGUUUGUAUUAGUAUUUGCAAUAUUUAGACAGGCUGACAUAGUUCAACUUUAAAGCUGGUUUAAGUGGGAGCCUAUAAUGACAUGGUCAGACCAUAACACUGGGAGCUACAUGUACAUUCCCUACUCUUUGUGAGAAGUACAUGCAGCAGACUGGGCCUAUGGUGUAUGGUCCUUAUCCAAGAAUACUAGAAUUUCUUUGCUAUAGCAUAGCAAAGGUAGCAGAUUCUCUUAACCACAUAAAGCCAUCAUUUGUAAUAACAACAUAUUUUACUGCUAUACUCAACAAUCAGAAACUGAUAAAAAAAAAGAAAGGGAUUCAACAGUCAUUGUAACAUUUUUAUGUCUAUUUUUAGGCUUUAGAUCUUCAAAACGAAAUUACCAACAUGAGAGUUCACUAUGAAGACGCAAACAUCACAUUGCAAGAUAUCUGCUUCCAGCCUUUGGCCCCUCAGAUUCAAGCUUGUACCAUACAAAGUGUCUUUCAAUAUUUUCAAAACAACAAAACAAGGCUGAACAAGUGCUUAACCAGCUUGGGUCAUAACUGUAAAGAUGAUCCACACGACUUCAGGGAAGGUGACUUUCAUGAUCAUAUACUAGCUUGCACAAAGUAAGUUGUAACUAUUCUUGAAGAGUAAAUUGUUGUGUCAAUUUGAACAAGGCUAAAACCUGAAGUCAGCACAGCUGCACCACUAUUAGUAUGUUGCAGGGUAGUCGUACAAAGGUGCAAUAGGUCUAUGAUCUAAACUGUGCUGGUGGCUGAAUGUAAUUUUGCUUGCACAGUGAGAACAAAUUUUUCCUUUGUAACAUAUGUGUUUGCUCUCUUCAAGGCAGUUCAAGAUGUUGGUAUUAGAUUCUUAUUUUCAGUGUUUGAUCAAAAUUCUCCAAAUAAGCCAGCAUAAAUUGGUCUAAUAGCUCUGUUGUCUACUGCUUUCUAAUGACAACUCGCUAUGUUGUCAUCCCUACAUGUAGGGAUGUUUCUAGGAAAAUGGAAUGUGUUUAUGUACAAUCUGCUGGCUUUUUUCUCACCCUCCCCUCCCUCUCCACACUUUUUGUCAUUCAGUUUUUCAUCCCGCACACCAGUCAAAGGUGUCAGUAGGUGGUGCCUAUGCCGCAGUGACCUCCUUACAGCUGAAGGGAUUGCUGCCUUCCUUUCGCUACUUAACCCUUCAACUCCCAUGAGUGACCAUAACAGAAUUUCUCCUUACAAUAUCAAUACAAUAUCAAGCAGAUAAGUGAUGAGAAUAAAGAAAAAUAUCAAUUUGGGGAUAAGUAGUUGAUCCAAUACAAAAUUCUCUGAACUAACAUCAUAAGAAUUGUAUGGUUGGCAGUAAGGAGAAAUACAAAUUUGAUCUGGGAGUUAAAGGGUUUAAGUACAUGUCUGGUUAUUUGUCUCACAUAGCACUCACUCCAGAUGUGGUCUCUAUCUUAUUAGUAUAAUAUAGACACGGGUGAAUAGUCCUUUUCUUGCUUGCUGAUUGGCUAGUUCAGAAGUGAUUAGCAAGUACUGUUCAACUCAAAGCAGCUGAAGAGACAAAAUCUUGCAUCAACUUAAAUUUCAGAACACUUUUUAAGUUUAUUUACAGAUCAAACUAAAUUAUUUUGGUUUCUGUGUGAGAUAUACUAAGAAAAUUAUUCACCUACAUGUUAGCAAAAGUGGUGGAUAUUUACCCAGCUGUUUUGCUGCUCGGUAAAUAUCCAUCACUAUUGACCUCUACUUGGGUGCAUAGUUGUUGAACAUGUGACUUCAUAACCUCCUUAAAUAAAUGUUCUUCUUUACUUGUGUACUGACCAAAUUGAAUAACUGUAAACUUUUUCUUACACUGCUAACAUUUCCCUUUUUUAGUUCGCCCACAUCUGAGAAUGAACCUAAGUUGAAAGAACCAUGCUUGGGUGCUUAUGGUGGACCUGUGAACCCCAACAUUGCGUUAGGAGGCUUCCAUAAUGGUGCCUAUGAAAAUGCCACAGCCUUGAUCAUAACCUUCGUUGUGAAUAACUUCAAAGAGAAGAGCAAGCUAUCCAAAGCAAUGGCAUGGGAAAAACAUUUCUUAGAUUUCAUGCACAGAUACACGCAUAACAAGUCCAAUAACAAUCUUACUAUAAGUUACUCUGCUGAGCGUAGCAUUCAAGAUGAGCUGGACCGUGAGAGCAACACUGAUAUUUUUACCAUACUGGCCAGCUAUAUGAUCAUGUUUAUAUAUAUCACUAUAGCUCUGGGACAGUUCAAGAGUUGUGACAGAAUUUUGGUAAGCUAAUAUUUUCAAGGGUCUGAAACUAAUUUUGUUGAAUGAUUGAAAAUACAAAAUAGAACUUACCAGUAAGAUCACUCAAUAAUUAAUUUUGUGUAUUUUUUGAUUCAUACAUGUAUCCUGUAUAUGUUGUCAUUACAUAUUAAUUUUUUUGCCUGUGGUUUGAAUAUUCUAUAGUGGAUUCAAUUUUGUGGGUCUUAAAUUUCAUGAUGUUUUCUCCCCAGAUUGACUCCAAAUUUACCCUUGGAUUCAGUGGCAUCUUGGUAGUGUUAUUCUCGGUUCUUUCUUCAGUUGGCUUUUGGAGUUUUGUUCGUGAGCCAGCAACUCUCAUUAUCAUUGAAGUGGUGCCAUUCCUUGUGUUAGCAGUGGGUGUGGACAACAUCUUCAUUCUUGUGCAGGCAUAUCAGCGCCAGGAUCAACAUGCAGAAGGGGAUGUACCUCAUAAAAUUGGGCGUGUUUUGGGUGAAGUAGCACCAAGUAUGCUCUUAACCUCUUUAUCGGAGUCUGUUGCAUUCGCAAUAGGUGAGUAUUAUUUAACUUUGAUUGUCAAUGACUUUGAGAUCAAACAUGUCCAUAUUCUCAGAAUUUACAAUGAAUUUUGAAGAUUACUUGUGUUGCAGUGUACUUUAUGUUUAAAAUAAUUCCAAAGCAAUAAUUCAGAGGUCCAAAUGGCUACUGAUUACAGCACUGAUGGCUGUGGUCGUUAAAGAGGCUGUACAAAGUUAAAGCAAGCAAGUGAAGUUUGAAAUACAUGUAGUAGUACUGGCAUUAACUUCUGCUUGUACUGUCCAGUUUUAAUUUUGUUAUGAUUUUUCUCCAGGUGCAAUGUCAACUAUGCCAGCAGUAAGAAUAUUCUCACUUUAUGCAGCAGCAGCUGUUUUCUUUGACUUCUUGCUCCAAGUUACAGCAUUUGUGGCCCUGAUGUCUUUAGAUGCUAAACGCCAAGAGAACAACCGCUUGGAUGUUUUGUGUUGUGUAAAGCAGCCAAAAGAUGACAGCCAAGACCAUAUGAUUUGCGUUUAUACUUUCAUGAAGAACUACUUUGCAGAAGUUUUACUUUCAGACUACAGUAGACCUACAGUGGUGAGGUUCUGAAGUCUUCCAGUUCUAAUUGCAGGGUUUAUUUUAGCAAGUCCAGCAGAACCUGUUCUUCAAUUUUAGGGGGCUCUUUUUCAGUUUGUUAUGAUGCAAAUGAAGCUUGUUUGAGGAUCAUACAUGUAGAAGUGUACUUAAAACAAAGAGGAAGAUCACUCAAAAAUCUGCAUGGAGUCUGAAGCCAGUUUAACUUAAAACCCAUUUUGAACUUCAGUGUACAACUAACUUAUUAUGUGUCCAUUUUUUCAUGAACUAUGCUCUGUAGUUCUGUAAAACUGUUUUGGUGUCUUGUCAUGUGUACAAUUUCCAUUUUUUUGUUGUUGUUUUUGUUGUUUUUUUUUUUAGUAAAAGACCAAUUUUCAUUGUGAUGGCAUUCAUGUGUAAGAGUACGCACACAUCUGUAACUGUAGCAAAUGACUAAGACCAAAUUGAAAUACAUUCAUUUGAUUACAUGCGUGUGUAUAACUUCAUGUUAUGGAAGUUAUUACACAUGCUUGAUGUGUGUGUGAGGGUGCUGCAGUAUCCACAAGUAGUAUUGUAGUUUCUUUUCUUCUGUUACUGCGACAUUAAUUGUAUACUGAUGCUUGUGCACUAUUGUCAAUGUGACUUAUACCAUGUAUGUCAAACUCAGACUUUUUUUUUUCAUUAUAUGCUUGUAAAGAUUGCCCUCUUCACUGGUCUUCUGUUUGCAAGCAUUGCAGCUAUCCCUCACUUAGACAUUGGCCUUGAUCAAGAACUUGCACUGCCCAAGGUAAUGGACAAAAAUGAUUUUUCUUUUUUUUUUUUUUUUUUUUUUUUUUUUGCUUUUGACAAGGAGCAGAUCUUGACCUGAGGAGAAAAUUUAGUGUCUGACUUUAAUCAAAAUGGCAUUUCCACUAUGAAAUAGCAAACGUUUCCGGUGUCCACUUUUUGUGGAUAAUUUUGAAGUGAUUAACAGGUAACUUCUCCCUAUAAUAUCCAUAAAUUCUCCAGCAAACAGGUAAUGAGAAAACUCAAACUUAUCAGGUAGAAGUUUUAAUUUUGAUCUCACACCAAAUUCUUGUAACUAGUUUAAAAGGAAAUUUAGAGCAGCUCAAAGUAAGAACUCUAACAAUCAGAACUUAAGAGUUAAAUGGUUAAAAAGGUACAGUGUAUGUUUCUUUUCCCUCAUAGGAUUCUUACCUCUUGAACUGGUUCGGUGACAUGAAAGAAUAUCUACAUGUUGGUCCACCUGUAUAUUUUGUGGUUAAUGGAGGCUAUGAUUAUGAACAUCCCUCAGGACAAAACAAGAUUUGUGGCUCGGCAGGCUGUGAUUCCUCUUCUUUAGUACAACAAAUCUACAGUGCUUCACUGAUCCCUCAAGAGUAAGUUCUUUAAGAUUUCUCACAGUCCAUAGUACUGAUUAUGAUCAGAGUGCAGUUGAUAUGGGGAACUGUGGGGUUAGUUCUUUUGCAACCAUGUGUAGUGUAUACACAUGUGUAGAUGUACAUGUUCAACCAUAUACUGAAAGUUACAGACAAAUUAUUGUUACUGCAUGCAGUUGAGAUUAUUGUUGUUUUCCAGGACACAAUCAGUCUUCAGCUUUUUUUUUUUUUUUCUGGCAUUUUCUGAGUUCCACAGUAUGUUCAUAAAGGAAUCAGUUGGAAUCCGUUUUCUCAUUAUUAUUAUUGUUAUUAUUAUUAUUAUUAUUAUUAUUAUCAUUAUUAUCAUUAUUAUCAUCAUCAUUAUUCUUUAACCAGAUCCAAGAUAGCUAUGUCAGCAUCUUCUUGGUUAGAUGACUAUUUCAGCUGGAUUGAACCUAACAGGGAGAACUCGUGUUGUCGUAUUAAGUACAAAAGGAACGAGACAUGUUUCCGUACAACAGUAAUGCCACCUAACUCAACUAACACAACAACUCCAGCACCUGCUGUCAUCUGCUAUAAUGAAACAACACCUGUAGUGCCUUACGUCUUCUGUAAUGCAACAGGUGAGUGCUUGCUUUCCUGCAGACAUCAAAGGUUAGGUUGGUUUACAUGUAAGUGAUGUGGCCUGUAAGGCUGAAGUAAAUUUAUUCCACUCUCCAGUUCUCAGGAAAAACGCUUUUACCUCUGACAAUGCCCCUCUCUCCACCCACAAGUUUUUCAGGAAUGCCAACAACCCCUUCCCCCUCCCCCCCUUAACAACCCCUUCCCCCUACCCCCUCCCCCUCUGCCAUUUGAGCUUUUAAAGGUUGGUCUGUUCAAAUUCCUGCCCUGCUGAGCCAAGUUUGUGUUCUAAAAUGCCCAACCAAGUGCCAGAUUGAAUGGUCCGUGUUUUGUUAGAGGCAAAAUCAGUAACCAUGACUUCUUGCAUAUUCAGCAAGCUUUAAAAACCCAGAUGUUGUAAACCUUUUCUUCUGAGCCAUUUACUCAUGAAAGUGGAAAGGAAAUGAUUACCGACUAAAUAUUCUCUUGAUUGAUUAACAAAUUCUCCUGGUCAUCAUUAGAGUAAAUGUAUCAAAAACAGUACGGAGAAUAUGCAUACUGGUGUUAGGGUGUAAAGGGUGAACAUAAACACUCAGCACCAGUCUUUCUUAACCCUUUGCACCCUAACAUCAGUGUGUAUAUUCUCCAUACUGUUCUUUACACAUUUCUUAACUUGAUGACAAGGAGAAUUUGUUUAACAAUCAAGAGCUUCUUUAGUUGGUGAUCAUUUCCUUUAUUCUCAUGACCUUAAUGUGUGACUCAGGGCUGAUAUUUUAGGUUUCUUACUGUCUUUCUGUUCCUGUUCUUUUUUUUUCUUUAGUUGAUGAUGACCUGUGCAAACCAUGCCUGAAUUUAAGCCAAAAGGGUCAGAGACCAACCCCAAAGCAGUUUGAUAAGUUCCUGCCAUUUUAUCUCAAGGACAACCCAGAGACAAAAUGCACCAAAGGGUAAGGAAUUCAAGCUCACCUUAAAAUGAUGUAAAUGGCACCAAGGUUGCUGGCAGCCAUUGAAGAAGAAAUCUACUGUACCUGUACUGUAAUUUAGUAUUGUCAACUGAGUUGAUAAUGUAAAUUGGCCAUCGUAAAAAGCUUCAAAGCUGACAUUUGAGCAUCCAGUUGGUUUCAACUGGUUAAAUAGUCAAACUAACUAAAACAGUUAAACUUCACCAAUUGCGCGAUGUGUCUCAGUUGGUCGAAGAAUUGAAGAAACUCCAGGGGGGUGGGGUAGAAAAAAGGGAAGAGGUGCCUUUGUGUUUAAAAUUCUAGUUAUGUUAGUCUUCUUGGGCUGUAAACUAAGGCACCACAUUAGGAAAAGUUACUGGCGUUUCCUAUUAUGUUAUUUAUCUGUUGGUUGAAAAGAAAAUUGUACGAAUUACGUCUGGUUCUGUAGCCCCUCGAAUUUUGAAAAAAAAUUAUCCCUUGAUCAUAUUUAGAGAGAUCUAUUCUCACCAGUAAGACUCCCCUCCCCCCCUCAGAAAAAAAUAUUUUGCCAUAAAACAAAGCAUAAAUAACUAUGCGGUAAACUUUUACCUGAUAUGUACUGUUGUAUUUUCCUCUCCAGUGGUCAUGCAGCAUAUGGCGACGCUCUCCUGUUUGGUGACAAAAGUGAUAAGUACCCUAUUCAAGGUGAGUAUGCAUUGUAUAUCUGUAUGUUUUGUGGUAAUUCUUGCGUCAGAAUACACUAUUUCACUCCCAAGCCUUGCUGGCAGAUUGGUGAAUUUUUAAGAGGAAAGAGGAAAGUUGAACCAAAACACUGAAAUAAAAAGAAUAUACCCACAUGACAACAAAAAGAGAGGCAAAGGUUCGUUAGAUCUAAAGAUCAAUUCUCCUCGCGGUUUGCUGUUUAAUUCUUACAAUUUUACUUCUGAGAAUUUGGGGUUUAAUAACACAUAAUCCCCUCGUUGAUAUUGCUGUUCCUUCUCCUAGCCUUUUUGGGUGAAAAUGAACUGAUGUUGCUUCUGAUAGUGAAUUAUUCAUACAGUGAGCGUUAUUUGCUUGGCCAUUUUAAGCUGGUAAGAAUCGAAAGAUUGAUCAGUGGUAAAUAAAUGAUCACACUAUGACAAUGACGAUCGACUUUUGUCUUAAAAAAAUGAUAUAAGGACAGAAUUUCUUUUCAUGGUAUUAGGGAAAAGGAAUUCACGUAAAUUCAGAUGAUCUGGGCAAUUUCGAUAUUUGGUAAUUCGAUGUAGCUGUGACAAGACGUUGUUAACUACUGCCACAGUGAAGUUUUCGAAAUCUUGAAAGAAUCGUCUGAAUGGAAGUGCUUUGCGAAUGAAAUUUAACGAUGUACUCCAUUUAAAGAGUAACCACAAUUUUACAUUAGACACUCGAACUUCUUCAUCAUCCAGAAGCACAUGGAAAAAAAAUUUUAUGUUCGGAGGCUCGAGCCCGCGGAAACCAUAAGCUUCCAAAAUGAAAAAAAAAUUAAUAUAAUAGAAUAAAAAUUAAAAAAAACCAAAAGUGAAUUACGGAUCAAUUAUCGAUAUGUUCUUUCCUUGUUUUUUUUCCAGCCUCUUACUUUAUGUCCUACCACAAAAUCCUUAAAACUUCACCAGAGUACACAGCAGCUUUGAAGAGCGCUCGUGAAAUUGCGAAAAACAUCUCGAAGACACUUGGCGUGGAAGUGUUCCCAUACAGGUGAGAAAAACACCAAGUAGAAAGGGCCCAGUUUAAAUAUCAUAAAUUUGAUGAAACACCGCCCCAGAUUAAUCGCUGCGAAUGGGAGCAAAAUUUCAGAAAGAAUGAAAGCUGCUCUUAAACAGAAGCUUGUGGCGUUUAUUGGGAGGGUUUAAGGAAGUUAAGUAUAGAGGAAUGGUUCACCAAUACUUAUCCCACUUUUUACGGGCUAAACAUAGCCGAGCAUGAAUGCCGUCCCUUGUAUAAAUGCUGCAUCUGAGACGUUGUUAAUCAAUAAUUUCCGCGGCUUGACGAGACCAAACAACACCUUCCUAGGAAAUUGCCCCUAUUCCAUAGGAUAUUGUCGCUUGUAUCUUCUUUGUACUGCUUAGCAUGGGACGCUAAAGAACCCACGCGCUUAUCGCAAAGAGUAGGGAAUAUAUCUCCCGGUGUUGUAGUGUGUACUUGUUAGUUAUACAGGCCCACAUUUAAACCAGUCUUAAAGCUGAACUGGGCCAGCCUGUCUUAACACGCAAAUGAAUUUAUAAGCUGUUUAUUUAUUUACCUUUAUUUCAGUGUAUUCUACGUUUUCUACGAACAAUACCUUACGGUUGCGAAUGACACCUGGGAAAAUCUUUUAUGUUGUGCAGGUCAGUUUAUUUAAAGAGUAAGAUUUGGGCAAAUCCUAAGUCGCCAUUUUAAAGUAAAUUUGAAUUGAUUUUCCACGAAAACCUCGAGCAAUAUGAUUGUUAUUCCAGGAGGUUCUUAACUGCAGAUAACGUUAAGUGAUCAUGUUAAUUCUACACGCCACUUGAUGCCGUCAAAUAUUGAUAUUAUAAUAACGCAAAACUGCAAAGCAAACUGCCUAAAGCGUGGGAAAACGCGGGUAACCAAGUCGUGAUUGGUUGAAGUUUUGUAUCUGAUAGUUCAGAGAGUGGUGCGAGUUUUUUGGACCAAUAAAGUGUUGAUUCUGACUACAGUCAAACGAGACAUUCAAUGGAAAAGGUUAUUUAGGAUGAGUCAGUCAGUCUACUAGUAAACGCAUUCUGACAUAAUCUUUACAUGUGCACCCUGAAACUAGGGGUUUUACAAAAAGAACCUGUGCUUAGCCAGAUACCAACACCACUAGAAUAUUACAUUUGUCAUUGUUUUUUUUUAGCUGCCAUCUUUGUGGUGACCUUCCUUCUCUUGGGAUUCAAUCUGAGCAUAGCGUUGAUAGUAACCUUUACAGUGGCUAUCAUCAUUGUCAAUUUGAUGGGUCUGAUGUACAUAUGGAACAUUUCUCUAAAUGCCGUCUCGCUUGUCAAUCUUGUAAUGGUAUGUAUGAUGACCUGGGGAUUAAUGUUUAAAUACAGCGGUUAAACGUAAGACGUGCGCAAAUGGGCCAAUGUCAGCCAGACGCAUGCCAAUACCCGCGCAAAACUUAAAACGAAAAUUAUCGAAAGAAAGGUUUUCACGCAAAAUUUACGAAGAUAAAUUGCAACGUUGGUACAAAUCUACAGAAGCAUUACAUUAAUUUCAAAAGGUAUACGCAUUCUAUCUCACUGUGACUUGACGGUUUGGGCAAAAAAUACGGUAUCUGUGAUAUUAGGAGGCAUUAUUACGAAUAUGCAAGGUCCUAUUGUUAGUUGAUGUGAUACUUGUACUUUGCUCAAAAGUGAAGUAGUGAAGCAGUGAUAAAACCCCAAAAUAAAAAUUCUUGAUAUCAGACCAUCUCGGUGAUAGUUAGUUUUGUUUGGACGAAGUGUGUUUUGUUUUACCAUAUACUGGAUGACAAACCAUAGUCUCUCACAGCUUAUAUGAUAACCCAGACAAUUAUGUUUUCCUCGCAGGCUGUUGGUAUUUCAGUAGAGUUCUGCUCCCACAUUGCGCGGGCUUUUACCGUCAAUGCACAACCAUCAAGAGUAGAAAGAGCCAAAGAAGCUCUAGCAAAAAUGGGCAGCUCAGUAAGUCAGCUAUGGUUUGCAUAACUUUGUAACAUCUUCAUUUAAGCCAACCUAAAUACAGAGCCGGUUGAAUACAAGAGGUCUAUCCCAAAUCAUGGUUUUUACGCAAUCAGUGCGCCUCAGGCUUUCUAUAGAAGAGGGUUAUUUAAUCUGGAUUCCUCGACAGUCAUCUUCGGUUUUGUGGCAGCCAGCCUUAGUGACCAGGCCUUGGAGAUUUGGCAGCUUGCACGUGAAUUGUAUAUAUUAUCGUAUAUUGAAAUGUAAUUUUAAAAUAACCAGCACCAACCUUACUUUGCCUUGGCUUUUUUUUUUUUUGUACAGGUUUUGAGUGGAAUUACAUUAACAAAGUUUUCUGGGAUCUUAGUGCUUUACUUUUCCAAGUCUCAAAUAUUUCAGGUGAGCAUUUCUUGUAUCUCGCGAAUAAAACUCUUGCAAUGUCUAUCGCGUGAAUGACAUAAUAAGCUCUUCCCUACAUGCUCAAUCCCUCAACUUCAACGAAGGUAAGCGUAAAGCACAACUAAAACAUCUUCAUUGUUAAGUUUUUGCGUGUGGCCUCGAUAUGAAAGUGAGGAUGCCCUGACGCUACUGAGGAAUGUAACGAUAAAACAUCCUCCUGCAGUAAAUGGCGGCUAAAAGUAAAACUACUAAGGAUUAGGAUGGGGAUACCUGUUGUAUCCGAGCAAGGGGCUGGUGAAGAAAAUGCUUGACAAUAAAUUUCAAUAGAUCAGCCAAUUAAAACGAACUUAAAAGCGAAAAAAUAAAAACAAAACAAAACCAAAAAAUACAGCAAAAAGUUCAAACGAAACAUCAUGUGAACUGACUGAACUUGUAACAACGAGAUUAGAGAUACAUUUAGAAUUUUGAAAGUCUUGAUAUUUUUUUUAAAGCUUUCUCUUACUAACAGAAGUAGAAACACAGAUUAACCCAUCAUUAAAGAGCCCCUUAUUAAAUAGUGUGAAAAAAAAUAUUAUUUAUCAAGCGUAUCACCGUUUUUUAUAACCUCCACUGGCAUGGAGGUAAAGCAGUUGGGUUUUUAUAAGCGUAGUUGAGAAGUAAAACACGUGACUACUGAAAAACAAAUCCAGUGGGUGCUCAAAGCAUAUUCGAAACUAGGACUUCAUGACGCGAUCUCGAUUUUCUCACUAAUCGACCUCGCACUCCUUCUCUACCUCAAAUGCUAAGUUUAUAACAACUUUUAAUGUUUUUCCACUCACGCAAGCAGUUUGUAAUACUUAGAACAUUUACCAUCCCAAGUAAGUAUUGGUGAAUUUUGAACAUUCUAAAUCGACCGAUAAUAUGACACUGAAAUCCCCACGAGAGUCAAUUAUUUAAUUUACAGCUGGUUUUUUAACUAGAAAAGGGUUAAUGAACAUGACUUCUUACCAUUAUUACUCAAAGUACAAGAGUGUUUGUUAUUUAAAGAAAGAUUACUCCACAGAUGUGUUAAUUAGGAAUAAAAGAUUUGUGAUCAAAGCUCUAAAAAUUAAAGGAACAAGAUUGUGUUGAACAAGAUUGAAACUCGUAUUCCCCAGGUCCCAAUAAGAUUUUUUACGUGUAUUCUCUAGAAUCGAUAAUCUUACAGCGUUUCACUGCCACGUUUUAAUUUUGUAGAGGAUUUUCCUCGAUUAGCUAGGUAAAAGUGUGUAUGAGUUGUGUUGACCUAACAUGUUUGCAACAUCUGUAUUUCUUCUCUCUGCCUUUUUUAAAAAAGCUACUUUAGAUUUUUUUUUUGUUGGUGUCCAUACGUAUACAUUGCCAAUAUCCAUACGUUCCCUUGCGUUCAUCUUCGUGACACUAUUUGACGUGUAAUUCUCAAUAUUGAUCAGUGCAUAGCCUCGAUGUUACUGCGAGAUGUCUCAGUCGUGAAUGGUGCAUUUUAAUGUUGAAUUGAAUUAAAUCAGUUCUCCUUUUUAUUUACUUAUUUUUUCAGGUUUUCUACUUCCGUAUGUAUGUUGGCAUUGUAAUACUGGGUGCUCUUCACGGGCUGUUACUCCUUCCUGUUUUGUUAAGUUACGUUGGCCCAGCUCCCCGAAAAGUUCCUCCCACAACGACUUCGUCCGAUCACACUUCGGCCGUUUCCGAGCGCACGCCCCUAAUCAAGGCGUAACUAAGCGUCAAUGUAAAAUAAAUUCUAACCUUAACUUUAACCUUUUUCCGCCUAGGUAUUCUACUUUCGCAUGUAUCUCGGCGUUGUUUUGAUCGGCGCGCUGCAUGGUCUCGUGUUUCUUCCUGUACUUCUGAGUUACGUGGGUCCGAUGACUUUAAAGGCAGUGACGGUGCUGGAAUGCGAGUCAUCGUUAAGGCCUCAUUUCUUAGAGGGCACAACGGAUGAUGAAAGGAGACCAUUGCUCCACUCCGAUCGCAGUGGAAUCCAGUGACCUUGGACUGUUUGAUAGAAAUUGUCAUUGCACAUGAUAUUUUGUCUUUUUAUGUUAUAUUUUAAACCUAUUGUAAUAACGCAAAAUUAAUUUAUGAAUAAGG